AUGCAUUUCAAGCCUUUUGGACUGCAUGACUACACUCUCAAAAACUUGAUGUAUGAAAACAAUUGCUGCAAAUUUUAUGACGCCGUUGAUGAGAAUAACACUUCAUAUGUUUUGAAAUAUAUUCCUUCAGAUCUGAAUUCGGAUGAGGAUACUCUUCCAUAUAUAGAUUACUUCCAGGUUAAGGGGGGGGUUUUCUUGGUAUAUGCUUCGAACAACUUUGCUAAGGAAGGCUCAGAUUACUUUACCUAUGGUAGUGGUAGUAGUGAAGACGUCAGUCUCCCACACGCCGUAGGAAGAACGGUAAAAAAUCUGCAGUUUCUCGAAACAGGACAUCCAAAGUAUAAAAAUUUGGGAACAAAAGAGCAAAAGAUAAGGAGUAGGACCUCAAAGAAAAGUGCAGUCACCAACAAUUCAUCGGGUGAAAAAACACCGAAUCCGAACCCACAAAGUUAUAAGGAACUGAGGCGAGAGGCAUAUGUGGGAAAAUUUCAUGUCAAAAGUAACAAUGAGGGCUCCUCGAAAAUACGAUGCGAAUUUUCAUGUCCCAUUAUUGAAACAAACCGGUCGCCUGGGUUACCGUCUAUCUUAUCAAGAGAAAAGAUCACAUAUCCGAGUAAUGUUCAAGAAAAACAUAUCAGCAUCGUGGAUCCCUCCCUACAAAUAUAUCAUUCUUCCCAUAAAAAAAUUGUCAAAACACCUGUUCCUAGGAACAGCUUUUCUCCAGCCGAAAGAUACCCUCUCAAAGGACAAAAUCUCAAAUGUUAUUCGCCGGGAUCCCUAGUUCGUGGAAGUCCCGAGUGUAAUUUCAAGAGCAACAUCGAGCUGAGGUUACUAGAAAGUUCGAUGUUGCAAAGGAGGCAUUCAACACAAAAUAUUUGA